AUGGGCCCACCACUGGGCUUAAGAGACUAUGCGCCCGGCAUGCUGCUGGACGCCGCGACCUGCCUCUACAUCCCAGCGAGUUCUUGCCGGGACCUGUGCCAUUCAGGCCUCCAGGCCCGCUCGGCGCCCGAGCGUAUUUCAUUUCGGAUCCACGAAUGCCACCACCACCCGCUGGACUCCAGGACUACCGACCAUGAACUGCCGGAAGUACACACCGCCACCUGCCGGGCCCAGAAAUACCCACCACCACCUGCCGGGCCCCAGAGCAAUCCACCGAGGACUGCGGGGCCCCAGGACAACCCACUGCAGCCUGCCGGGCCCCAGGAAUACCCACCACCACGUGCCGGGCGCCAGCACUACCCACCAUCGCCUGCCAGGCCCCAGGACUACCAACCACCACGUGCCGGGUGCCAGGACUACCCACCGCUGCCUGCCGGACUACCCACCAUUGCCUGCCGGGCGCCAGGCCUACCCACCACCACGUGCCAGGCGCCAGCACUACCCACCAUUGCCUGCCAGGCCCCAGGACUACCAACCACCAUGUGCCGGGUGCCAGGACUACCCACCGCUGCCUGCCGGGUGCCAGGCCUACCCACCACCACGUGCCGGGACUACCCACCAUUGCCUGCCGGGUGCCAGCACUACCCACCACCACGUGCCGGGCGCGAGCACUACCCACCACCACCUGCCAGGCCCCAGGACUACCAACCACCUCGUGUCGGGCCCCUGGACUACCCACCGCCGCCUGCUGGGCCCCAGGACUGCCCACCGCCGCCUGCCAGGCGACAGGCCUACCCACCACCACGUGCCGGGCGCCAGGCCUACCCACCACCGCCUGCCAGGCCCCAGGACUACCAACCACCACGGGCCGGGCUCCAGGACUACCCACCGCCGCCUGCGGGGCCCCAGGACAACCCACCACCAAGUGCUGGGCCUCAGGACCAUGGAUGGCCGCCCUCUGCGAGCCUGAACUUCGAAUGCUGUGACAUUCCCACAGCCGACUUCGGCUCAGAGCCCUCCUUCGACCCCCCCUACCCCCAACCCCACCCCCACUUGACGCCUGCUCAGGACAGUCUGCGGGGUGCUGCAGUGUUCCCGAGGGCACUUCCGAGGGCGUGCCCGAGGCCUCUUCCGGUCCUCGUCCUCAUCCUCAUCCUCAUCCCCGUCCUCAUCCUCGUCCUGGGAAAGUCCUAUGAGUGCCUUCUCUGCCCCCAGAUCCCGGCCCUGGCCCCAUGGCCAACAGCAGCUCCCACAGCUCCUCCCCAGCGAAAGGACAUGGACAACGCCAAGACCCCUUGCAAUGAUGGGGAUGAGGUGGGCGUGGGCUCUUGUGGGAGUGGGAAGCCGGUUCCAGGGCCCCCUGAAUCCGACCCCGGGCGGCCCAGGCUGCUGUGCCUCCUGGGUCCUGAGGCUGCUGCCUUGGCAGACUUCGCACCACAUGGGGCCGCCUGCAAUGGGCCCAGGGCCACACUCAUGCUGGCAAGAGUGCAGCGAGCUGGGGAAGCACCCUACUGGCACCUCUGGAGCUCCUCUCCGCACGCGAGUGCAGUCAGCGUGGUGACCAUGCUCGCUGUGAGCAUGGCCGUGAAGGGGCCCCCAGCCCAUCCAGGGCCCCGGUUCCUGGGAGGCCCCAUGCCGCCACACGUGGGCUAUGGGUCGCCUCCGCCACCACUGCUCUGCAGGCCCUUCGGGCCUCCGCCGAUGUCUCCUAGGCAACCACCAAUAUUCGGUACGGCCCGCUCGGCGCCCGAGUGCAUUUCAUUUCGGAUCCGAGAAUGCCACCACCACCCGCUGGACUCCAAGACUACCUACCACCGCCUGCCCCAGGACUACCCACCUCCACCUGUCGGGUGCCAGGCCUACCCACCACCACGUGCCGGACCUCAGGACUAUGCACCACCGCCUGCCAGGUCCCAGGAGUACCAACUGCCACAAGUUGGGCCCCAGGACAACCCACAACCCCGACUACCGACCACCACGUGCCGAGCCCCAGGACUACCCAUCACCACCAGCUGGGCCGCAGGAAUGCCAACCACCAUGUGCCGGGCUCCAGGACUACCUGCCUCCUCCUACCAGGCUCCAACAUUAACCACCGCCACCUGCCGGGCCCCAGGACUACCCACCACUGCCUGCUGGGCCCCAAACUACCCACCGACACCUGCAGGGCCCCAGGACUGCCCACUGCCACCUGCUGGGCCCCAGGACGACCCACCACCACCUGCCAGGCCCAAGGGCUACCCACGACCAUCUGCCGGGGCCCAUGACAACCCACCGCCACCUGCUGGGGCCAAAGACUAG